AUGGAUCCCUGCAAUCCAGAAAAGCCUGGAACCUGCCGGCUUUCAGAUGAGUAUGUGAUAACAAUUCUCAAGAUCCACAAGACGGUGGCCACUAAAACAAGACUAGGUGUCCUCUUCAGGGCUCCAUUGGUGAUUAACUGCAUGAAGGGGCUAUUACAAGCACAAAGAAAACUUAAUAUAGGCAGCUCCUCUGGACGUAGAGCUUCAGAGAAUUUGCAAAGGUUACCAAAUAUCACCAGCGAGUAUGCAGAAGUCCAAAUUCUUGACCUCAUUAAACGCAUGCGGGAAAGAACCAGCCAUUACAAGGAUAAAUUGGCUGAUGUGAAUGUUUCAUCGGCAGAGACAAGCCCUACAGCAACUCCAGCUAAAAAGAAACCUCCAAUACCCCUGCCACCUCCACCACAGCCGCCACCUCCUAAAGAAGAAGAAGCAAAGACUGAAAAAGAAAAGGAUGUUGACAAGCAACCACAACCAGAAGCAGAAGAAGAACAUUAUUGUGAUAUGCUCUGCUGCAAGUUCAAGAGACGCCCAUUUCAUAAGUACUUUAACAAGUUCAAGAUACCCGACUCCAUUGAUGGUUAUACAAAUCCAUUAUAUCUGUUCUGGCUGCUUAUUGUCGCAUUGACAUUCAACUGGAACUGCUGGUUUAUUCCACUGCGAAUCGUAUUUCCAUUUCAGAACGCCGACAACCUCUUGUACUGGAUGAUCAUUGAUUAUACCUGUGAUACUUGCUAUCUUUUGGAUAUGUUUGUGUUCCAGCCACGUCUCCAGUUUGUAAAAGGAGGUGACAUAGUGACAGAAAGAAAACAAACAAGGAAAAACUACUGGGAAUCUACAAAGUUCCGGCUUGAUGCAGCAUCUGUGAUACCAUUUGAUCUUCUUCUGUACGUCGUCUUUGGAUAUAAACCAUUGUUCAGAUUAAACAGAAUGUUAAAGUACAGCACAUUCUUUGAAUUUAAUGAUCGUCUAGAAGCUGUCCUCAAGAGAGCAUAUAUUUACAGAGUUAUCAGAACAACCGGUUACCUACUGUUCAUCCUUCAUAUUAAUGCCUGCAUUUACUACUGGGCUUCCACUUACGAAGGCAUUGGCAGCACCAAAUGGGUAUACGAUGGAAACGGCAACAUGUAUCUGAGAUGUUACUACUUUGCAGUACGGACUUUGAUCACAAUAGGUGGCCUUGCAGAACCUCAAACAUUAUUUGAAAUACUUUUCCAGCUCUUAAAUUAUUUUUCUGGGGUCUUCGUCUUUUCAAGUUUAAUUGGACAGAUGCGUGAUGUGAUUGGAGCCGCAACUGCAGGACAAAGCCAUUACCGUGCCAGUCUGGAUAAAACUGUAGGCUAUAUGAACACAAACAAAAUCCCCAGACAUGUUCAGAAGCGUGUACGAACCUGGUAUGAGUACACAUGGGAUUCACAAGGAAUGUUGGAUGAAUCUGAGCUCCUCGAGGAAAUGCCAACAAAAAUGCAACUGGCUAUAGCAGUGGAUGUAAAUUUGGCGAUUGUCAACAAUGUGGAAUUGUUCAAAGGCUGUGAUAACCAGAUGAUUCAAGACUUGCUGUUAAAACUGAAAUCCAUUGUCUAUUUACCGGGAGAUUUUGUUUGCAAAAAGGGGGAGAUUGGAAGAGAGAUGUACAUCAUCAAGCAAGGUGCUGUACAGGUUCUCGGUGGACCAGAUGAUACGAAGGUCCUUGUUACACUGAAGGCUGGAGCUGUAUUUGGAGAAAUCAGUCUCCUAGCUGCUCGAGGAGGAAACCGCAGAACUGCUAAUGUGGUGGCCCAUGGAUUUGCAAACCUUUUCAUUCUGGAUAAGAAGAGUCUUAGUGAAAUUUUGGUUUACUAUCCAGAUUCCAAGAAGCUGCUUACAAAGAAAGCCAAGAAAUUGCUGAAGGAUAAAGGAAAGCCCACAGCACCCACUGCUGUUAGGAAAGGCUUUGCCCACCUGAUACCCAAUAAACAGGAAACUCCUCGUCUUCUCAAAACUUUAAUGGCAGCUGCCGCUAACAAGCCCGGAUUCCGCUUAUUACACAAGGUGAAGCAGCAGCAGCAGAACGAACAGCGAAAAAUUGCAAAGACUUUGCAUCUAUCAUCAUCAACUGACAACCCAAGGAAACCGGAGAAAAGUGAGAAUUUGAAAGAACGAGAACCUGGCGAGCAAGCGCAACGUGAGGAGAAGACGGAUAAAGUCAUCUCAUCCAAAACAGAUGUACCGGCGGAAGCAAAGAACAGAUCCUACAUUAUAAGUAUGUCUCCUUCAGCUAAGGUGGGAGAAGGAGAAGUUCUCACUGUGGAAGUGAGAGAAUCGUAA